CCAAAGCCUUGUUUUUGCAAGGAUGGCCGUAAAGGAAAAGGAAAAAAUUAACCCAAAUAUAUAAACCAUGAAUUAUAUAAACCAUGAAUCGAACUUAGUGGAUGUUGAAUGUUCCUAUAAUCUUGUUCCGAGAGAUCGAUCCUUCUUCCAUAGAACACGUAUGGCUAUGAAAAAUAUAAACAAAGAAUCCAAGACCCAACAUCCUUUCCCUCGCCCAGUACUUUAAUUAAGCUAUUUCCAUAUGUGCUUUACACGUCGAGCUUCAAGCCCGGCUGGAUUUUCUCUCGAAUGCUUAUGAUUUCAAACCGGCUGGAAAAAUAUUAGAACUCAAUAUGGCAAUUGAAUUGAUGGGUACUCGAGAAGAGGAGGCGCCAUUGGUUAUUGAUAUUUCAGAAAGAGAAACUCCAAAAAACCGAACAAGGGAUAUUCAUAUUUUGAGUUGUGCCUUCUUGGUCUUCCUCGCUUAUGGAGCUGCUCAGAAUUUGGAGACUACUGUUAAUGCUCAAGGAAACUUGGGAAUGGUGACUCUUGGAAGACUGUAUCUAUCUUCUGCGGUUUUCUCGUUGUUUGCAUCAUUGGUGGUUUGAGUACUGGGGUCAAAGAAUGCUCUUCUGGGAACUACUGGUUAUUGGUUGUUUAUAGCUGCAAAUUUGAAGCCUACAUGUUUACUUUUUCCUUGGUCUUGCAGCUUCAAUAAUAUGGGUUGGGGAGGGACAUAUCUUACUUCUAUAGCACGCAGUCAUGCUAGAGAUGCCAACUUACAUGAAGGAACUGUGAUCAGUCAGUUCAAUGGAGAAUUUUAGGCAACGUUUGCUCUUCACCAGUUUGUUGGAAAGUGGAGCGAUAUGUGUUGCUUCUACUGUUAAUGAAAAAACGUUUUUCCUCUUGUAUUCUAUGCACCCAAAGAUUUAUAAAUACCUUAUGUGGCCUAGAAGACAGUCUUUAAGUAUAACUUGCAGUUGGAAAAACCAUUCUGUCUUUUGAUCCAUGCUUCCAGAUGUUAGAUUUGAAGAAGUCUUAUGUUUGUUGAAUAAGUUCCUGAUUAUUAGGAGCAUAUCUUAGUUUGUUAUUGUUUUUGAAUUAGUCUUUGUUUCAGUAUUUUAGUUUCCUGAGUUAGUGGGAUACGUUAGCUUGUUUUUAGCUUUUUUGUUUUUGUAAGGCUAUUUAAAGCCACUGCUGUUUGUUUUCACAGUCACGAGAAAUACAGAUUGCAUUGUGUUGUAUUUCUCUGUUGAGUUCAUCAUUUUAUUUUACAUUUGGUAUCGGAGCCUGGUCCAAGAAGCCUAAUUGAAUAAAAGAAUAGAGUUUUCUUUUGAGAGAAACAUGAAAGAAUAGCGGAAAGCAGUUCCAACAAUGGUGCGUUUGUGCAACCUGCUGUUCCCAUGUUUGAUGGGUACUAUGAAUAUUGGGCAAAGUUGAUGGAGAAUUUUCUUCGAGCAAAGGAAUUUUGGAGCCUAGUAAAAGAUGGAAUAGAUGAAAUUCUAGCAGAGAGAGAACCAUCUGAAGAAGAGGUAAAGCUGUUUGAAGAACUACAAUUGAAAGACAAGAAAGUGAAGUAUUAUCUCUACCAACCAAUAAGUAGAGAAAUCAUGGAGACCAUUCUCAAUGAUGAUACAUCCAAACAGAUAUGGGAUUCAAUGAAGCAGAAAUUCAAGGGAUCAACAAGGGUCAGAGAGCACAACUUCAAGCCCUAAAAACUAAGUUUGAAAUAUUGAGAAUGAAGGAAGGAGAAACUGUCGAUGCUUAUUUGGGAAGAACUCUCUCAAUUGCCAAGAAGAUGAAAGCAUGCGAAGAGAAUGUCAAAGAAGCUGAUAUUACAAGGAAGAUUCUGCGAUCCUUAGUUCCUAAAUUUAAUUAUGUUGUAUGCUCAAUUAAGGAAUCAAACAAUGUUGAGACUCUAACAGUAGUUGAACUUCGGAGCAGUCUAUUGAUUCAUGAACAAGGAAUGAUAGGCCCAAUUGAUGAAGAAUAGGUCUUAAAGGUUACAAAUGAAGAUCGAGGUGGAAGAGGCAGAGGCUGGACUAGAGGUUGAGGAAGAGGCAGAGGUCGUGGCAAAAAAAGUGUAGAUAAAGCAACUGUAGAAUGCUACAAGUGUCACAAUUUGGGGCAUUAUCAGUAUGAAAGUCCCAAUUGGGAAAAGAAAACUUAUUAUGCAGAAAUUGAUGAUGAAGACGAGAUGCUGCUGAUGGCACAAGUAGAUCUGAAGCAAAACAAAAGGGAAGGGAUAUGGUUUCUCGGUUCUGGGUGUUCAAACCACAUGUUUGAAAACAAAGAAUGGUUUACAAGACUUGGUGAAUGAUCAAGCAUUCGGUAAAACUUGAGAACGAUUCUAAACUGAUGGUGAAAUGGAAAUGAGACAUCAAGCUGGAAGUUGGAAGAAAAGUCCAAACAGUAAGUGAUGUGUAUUUUAUACCUGAUUUAUGCAAUAAUUUGCUCAAUAUAGGUCAAUUACAAGAUCAAAGCAUCACUAUUCUGAUCAAACAUGGAGCUUGCAAACUAUACCAUCUGACUCGUGGGCUUAUAAUAGGAGUACAAUGACUGUCAACAGAAUGUUUGUGGUCACCACAAAUAUUCUCAUGACAUCAGCCUCCUGCUUCAACACAUACAAUGAGGAUUCGAGUGAUAUUUGGCACAAACGAUAUGGACAUUUGAGUUACAAACAUUUGGCAUUAUUGCAUAACAAGGAGAUGGUUCAAGGGCUUCCCAAAAUCAGAACACCAACAAAUAGAUGCACUAGCUGCAUGGUAGGGAAAUAACAUAGAGAAGCUAUUCCAAAGAAGAGUAAAUAGAGAGCAGCAAAGCAACUGCAGCUCAUCCACUCUGAUAUUUGUGGUUCCAUUUCACUUGCAUCAUAUAGCAAAAAGAGGUACAUGUUAACUUUCAUAUAUGAUUUUAGUUGAAAGCUGUGGGUUUAUUUUCUGAAUGAGAAGAGUGAGGCAUUUAUAACUUUCAAAAAUUUCAAAAUAAUGGUGGAGAAAGAGUCUGGUUUAUCAUUGUGCAGUUUAACAACAGACAGAGAAGGAGAAUUCAACUCUGAGGAAUUCUCAAAUUUUUACAAGGCACAAGGCAUCAAAAGGCGACUUAUAACAGCUUAUACGCCUCAGUAAAAUGGAAUAGUUGAACGUAAAAAUCGUACCAUUCUCAACAUGGUGAAAUGCACGCUUGAAGAAAAAAAGAUGCCCAAAAUGUUUUGGCCAGAUGUUGUAAAGUGGACGUGUCAUGCGUUAAACAGAAGUCCAACUGCCUGCUUGAAGAAUAAAACCUCCUGAAGAAUGCUGGAGUAAUCUCAAACCCAAUGUUGAAUACUUUCGGGUGUUUGGAUGCAUUGGAAAUGUUCAUGUACCUGAGGCAAAAAGACAAAAGCUAGACGCAAGAAGCCAAAAGCAAGUUCUGAUCGGUUACAGCAAAGAAUCCAAAGGCUACAAAAUGAUUGAUCCACUGACAAAGAAAAUCACCAUCAGCAGAGACGUGGUUUUUGAAGAAAAUGAAGGCUGGGAUUGGAGCAGUACAAAAGAAGAAACCAUAAAUGAUGUAUUAGAUUGAGGAGAAGCCUAUGAAGAAGUAUACAAUCAAAAUGAUGAUGAAUCAGAUUUAAACGACGAAGAUUCAGCUGAUGGGAACUCCACCUCAAGUGACGCAGCAGAUUUCUCCAAUGAUGAAGCAGCAGCUCCUCAAACUUGAGAAAGAAAGGCUCUAACAUAUCUAGAUGAUUACACGAGUGGAGAAGGUCUCUCAGAAGAUGAUGUACAAAACUUUGUGUUAUUUUUAUCUACUGAUGAUCCUUUAUCUUAUGAACAAGCAGUAAAAUCAAAAGAUUGGAGGAAGGCGAUGGAUCUUGAAAUUGAAGUAAUAGAGAAGAAUCAUACAUGAAAGCUGGUAAAAGCUCAUUCUGGUGUGAAAGUGAUUGGAGUCAAAUGGGUCUAUCGGACAAAAUUGAACAAAAAUGGAGAAAUUGAUAAGUGCAAGGCGAGACUGGUGGCUAAGGGAUAUGUUAAAGAGAAGGGGAUAGACUAUAAUGAAGUGUUCACUCCUGUAGCAAAAUGGGAUACUAUUCGAAUGGUAUUAGCUCUUGUAGCAAGAAAUGGCUGGAAAAUAUUUCAGCUCGACGUCAAAAGUGCCUUUCUACAUGGUGAACUCAGUGAAGAUGUAUACGUUGAUCAACCACAAGGUUAUGAAGUGAAGGGAGAAGAAGACAAAGUGUACAAAUUGAAGAAGGCUCUCUACGGCUUAAAACAAGCUCCGAGAGCAUGAUUCAGUAGAAUUGAAGGAUACUUUAUCAAAGAAGGCUUUGAAAAGAGCUGCUGUGAUCACACUUUAUUUGUCAAGAAGCGUGAGGAUAGCAAGAUUCUGAUUGUAAGUCUCUACGUUGAUGAUCUCAUUUUUACAAGUAAAGAUUUGUUAAUGAUGCAAGGUUUCAAAAACUUAAUGAAAAAUGAGUUUGAAAUGACUGAUCUGGGUGAGAUGAAGUACUUUCUGGGAAUAGAAGUAUAUCAAGGCACUAAUGGGAUCUUCAUCAACCAAAAGAAAUAUGCCAAUAAAGUUCUUGAAAAAUUCAGAAUGGAUGCUUGCAACUGGCAGCAAAUUGUCAAAGGAGGAAGAAGGAGCACAAGUCGAAGGAACCUUUUUCAAGCAAAUCGUGGGAAGUUUGAUGUACAUGACAGUCACAAGACUUGAUCUGAUGUACAGUGUAUGUCUGAUCAGUAGAUUCAUGUCAAAUCCAAUAGAAGCACAUAUGCUGGCAGCUAAAAGAAUUCUAAGAUAUGUUUAAGCUACCAUAGAUUUUGGCAUUCUUUACAAGAGGAAUUGCACACAUGAACUGAUGGCAUACACAAAUACUGAUUAUGCUAGAGAUUUGAGUGAUCGGAAGAGUAUUUCAUGCUAUGUCUUUAUGCUAAGUGGAGGAGUAGUAGCUUGGGCAUAAAAGAAGUAACCCGUUGUUCCUCUAUCGACUACAAAAGCUGAGUAUGUAGCUAUUACCUCAUGUGUUUGUCAAAGUGUAUGGAUGCAGCGAAUUUGGAAGUAAAUUAAAGGUACCCAAAGCAAUUCAAUCAAAAUUCUUUGCAAUAACUCCUCUACCAUUAAGCUUGCAAAAAAAUCCAGUUUUUCAUGGAAGAAGUAAGCACAUUGAUGUAAGGUUUCACUUUCUAAGAAAUCUUAUAUUUGAUGGAUCAAUUAGCAUGGAGUACUACAGAACUAGUGAGCAAGUAGCUGAUAUUAUAACCAAACCCUUGAAGCUCGAUCAAUUCAAAAAACUCAGAGAAGCACUUGGCAUUCAAAUUUGCAGUGAUAUAAACUAACAUACAACUGGUAUGUUUAGUUUAGGGGAGGGUUUUGUUAGGUUUGAAGAAGUCUUAUGUUUGUUGAAUAAGUUCCUAAUUAUUAGGAGCAUAUAUUAGUUUGUUAUUGUUUUUGAAUUAGUUUUUGUUUCAGUUUUUUAGUUUCCUGAGUUAGUGAGAUACAUUAGCUUCUUUUUAGCUUUUUUGUUUUUGUAAGGUUAUUUAAAGCCAUUGCUGUUUGCUUUCAAAGUCACGAGAAAUACAAAUUGCAUUGUGUUUCACUUC